UGUAUACUUAGUUUUUAAUUUUUUGUGCAAGUUUUAUUUGAAAAUUAUUUUGUAUUCCCUAAUUAUUCUUCCUAACAUUUACUUUUUUUUUAAUUUGGAGAUCGGACAGCUUUUUUUGAAAAUUAGGAAAUUUUGGAAAAAAUUUUUUGGGAAAAUCUCGAUGUCCUGUCUCUCAGAAAGUAUAUCCAACAUUCUUUUCUUAACUAAAUAUAUUUCCUAAUUCCAAUUCCUAAUUAAUUUUUUUGUAAUUUCGUGCCAGAAUUUAAUUAUCUCUAAUUAUUUAAUUAAAAUAAUUAAUUUUAAUAAGCUGUUCUUAAUUAAAAAAAUUUUUCCAAUUGUUCGGUUUAUUACCUUUAAAUUAUUUUUCUUUUUUUAAUUUUUAUUGUUUUCUUAUUUUAGUUUUUAAUAUUUUAAAUAAUAUUACUUUUAUUCAAAAAUGGCUACAUGGGAUGAAUAUCUUCAAAAUCAAAUAAAUAAUGAUGGAAUUCAAAUGACUUGGAAUGUUUUGCCUCAUUCUAGAGUUGAUUCUCAAAAAUUGAUUGUUCCUGUUGCUACAUUUUUUACUCCGUUAAAGGAAAAGCCUUCAGACCAGCCGAAACAACCGGUAAUGGAAUAUGAUCCAAUUCUAUGUCAAAAACAGUCGUGUAAAGCUGUCCUCAAUCCACUAUGUAUGAUCGAUUACCGAACAAAAAUGUGGAUGUGUCCAUUUUGCAAUCAAAGGAAUCCUUUUCCUCCACAUUAUGCAACUAUUUCUGAGGAAAAUAAACCACCAGAAUUACAUCCAUUUUUUACUACAGUCGAGUACACACUUAGGAAGGCCACAACACUUGCACCUAUUUUUCUUUUUGUUGUCGAUACCUGCUUGCCAGCUGAAGAAUUGAAGGCUCUAAAGGAUGCACUUCAAAAAGCGAUUGCCUAUUUGCCUGCAGAUGCUUUAAUUGGACUGAUAACAUUUGGAAGAGUAGUGGAAAUUCAUGAGCUUAAUGUGAAAGGAAUUGCGCGUUCUUAUGUCUUCAAGGUUGGGUUUACUUUUAUUUUUAAAAAAUUUUUUGGGUUUGUGAAAGUUUUUUAA